AUGACAAACAACAAUAUCCCAAAUAGCACAAAGUUAAAAAUUAAUCCAAAUAAACAAUUCAUUAAAACUCCAAAGGACGUUUGGUCUUUGACCAAUGAAGCCGCCCAAGCAGCUAGUCACAAUACCAAAAAUAAAGGCCGUGAAUUAAUUAACUUAGGUCAAGGGUUCUUCUCAUAUUCACCACCAGCUUUUGCUAUAGAGGCCGCAAAGAAUUCAUUUGAUACUCCAUUAAAUAACCAAUAUUCCCCAACAAAGGGUCGUCCAAAUUUGAUCAAUGCUUUGGUUAAGCAAUACGCUAACUAUUAUUCUAAAGUAGUUGAUAAUUUUGGUCCAUCUAAUGUACAAGUUUGCACCGGUGCAAAUGAAGCUAUAUUGUCUUGCUUUGUUGGUCUGAUUAAUCCUGGCGAUGAAGUAAUUGUCUUGGAACCAUUUUUUGACCAGUACAUCUCUAACAUACAAAUCCCCGGCGGUGUCGUUAGAUAUGUUCCAAUCAAUGCUCCCGAAAAUUUAUGUAGUCAAGUUACCGAGGGCAAAGAUUGGAAAGUUGACAUUGAAAAAUUAAAAAGCACUAUUAAUGAGAAAACAAAAAUUUUAGUAUUAAAUACUCCUCACAACCCAAUCGGGAAAGUCUUCACCAGAGAAGAGCUAUUAGAAAUUGGUCAAAUUUGUUUAGCCAAUAAUAUUAUUAUUGUUUCUGAUGAAGUUUAUGAACAUUUGUAUUUCACUGAGGAACCAUUUCCUCGUAUUGCGACUUUAUCUCCAGAAUUGGCCAACAUUACAUUAAGUGUAGGCUCUGCUGGUAAGAGUUUUGCAGCUACUGGCUGGAGAAUUGGCUGGAUUGUCUCAGCAAAUGCGGAUCUAUUAAAAUACGCCUCGAUGGCACACACCAGAAUUUGUUUUUCUUCACCAUCUCCAUUACAAGAAGCUUGUGCUUCUAGUAUCGAAUAUGCUUUAGCUAAUGAUUAUUAUAAAAAAAUGAGAGAAGAAUAUAAACACAAGUUUGAUAUUUUAUGUUCCGUAUUUGAUGAAUUAAACCUCCCCUAUACCAAACCCGAGGGUACAUAUUUUGUUCUAGUGGAUUUUUCUAAAGUUAAAAUCCCAUUUGAAACCUAUGAAUUUCCACAAGAUAUCCAAAAUAAAGCCAAAGAUUUUAAAAUUUCUUAUUGGUUAAUUAAUGAAUUGGGUGUCGUUGCCAUUCCACCAACAGAAUUUUAUAUUCCAGAGCAUGAAAGCCAGGCAGAAACUUUAUUGAGGUUUGCUGUGUGUAAAACGGAUGAUUAUUUGGAGAAGGCUGUUGACAGGUUAAGACUAUUAAAAAAUUAUUUGUAA